AAAAACUUCACUGGCCUAAGACAGAACUUUCUAGGAAAUCAAUCCUGAGCCGAGAAGAACAUAAGCUGAAUGUUAAUAAUGAAAAGAGCCUCCAGCACCCACCUUCUGGGAUCCUUAAGGACACUUUCACAACAGGAACCAGUAGCUACAAUGUCCUUCUGCAGAGCAAAGAGGAGAAAAAACACCACACUCAAAAGCAGCCGUCUGCUCACCACAAGAAACACAAAAAAGCUAUAAGGUGCUCUAACAUCUCGCGAAGCAACGAGCCGCGUAAAAUCAGAGUCUCACUGCCCUUGCUCAGCAGUGGAUGGUACUGCACAAACAGACAACCCUCCAUCAUCAUCACUAGCCCAGUGGCUACCAGCAUGAAGUUUACAAACAGUAUUGCAGUCGGGAGGAGCAGCAUAGGACUCCCAUCUCGACCCAGAAGUAGAACCAAGAGGCAUUUUAAUCAAACAAAGCCAAAGCAAUCCCAGUCCUCAAAAAACCAUGGCAAAGAAGGUGAUGUCUCUGGCCAAAAACUCUGUUUACUGACUGCAAUCAAGCCUUCUAAUGUGGAGAAAGAGAAGAUUAAAUUCUUCAAGUCAGAUUUCACAUACAAUCCUCAGUUUGAAUAUGCAAACCCUGCUCUGCCAAAUGUGUUAGCUAAGCACAGUCAUGCAUCUGACAGAUUUCUUAAGCAGUCUAUUCACAUUAUGGAGAGGACACUGAAGAAAUAUGGAAGCUAUGAAAAAUUUGAACAGGCCACAGGAGGCAGCUUGCUGACCAAAAGUCGCAUCUGGAACCACGUCAGGAAGUACAUGGUAAAAGAAGGCUGUCUGGGUGAGAUUGUAGUCCAUCUCACAGAGGACCUGCUUUCUCGAGCCUCAAUGACAGUGGUGAAUGGCCGCCCCACCCUCACUAUCAAUAUCUCCACUGCACGAGAGCACUGGCUGGAAGGGAUGCUGAGACAUGAAAUUGGAACUCAUUAUUUCCGGGGUUUUAACAACAACAGCCAGCCUUGGUGCAACUGGAACGGACGUAGAAAACACGGGUUAAAACCAAUCAACCCUACAGAGGAGGGGCUAGCGAGUAUUCACAGCGUCCUGUUCCGCAAAGACCCUUUCCUUUGGAGGGCUGCCCUGCUUUACUACACAGUGUAUCAGGCUAGCCAAAUGUCCUUCAGUCAGCUUUUCCAAGACUUGGGGAAAUUUGUCAAAGACCCCAACACUAGGUGGGAUUACUGUGUACGAGCCAAGAGAGGGUGGACUGACACAUCACAACCAGGCUGUUUCAAUAAGGAUCAGGUGUACUUGGAUGGCAUCCUCCGAAUCCUGAGAUACAGGGAGUCCAUUGAUUUCUAUCUUCUGACAGCCCUUGGGAAGAUCUCAUACGAGGAUGUGGACCGCCUGAAGGGAUUAGCUGUGACUGAGAAUAUGAGGGUGCCACACUUUUUGCAAGACCAUGCUCGUUAUAUGGAGCACUUGGAAAAAAUCAUGGAAGUCAAUGAGCUAACUGAUGAGGAGCUCCAGGAUCUCAUAAAUUAACAGCAUCAGCUCACCAUUCACUUACUCUGCGCAGCUGAGGAUGUAGAACUGGACUUCCCAGAGCUGGCAAAAAUUGACUUAGGAGGCGUGGGAGGAAAGGGCAGCCAGAAUGUG